CGCAGCACCCUGCCGGUAGCACAUGCCGUGCUAUCUUGAGACGAACGGACGCCCCGGCCGCCCACGCUGUGCCCCCACAUUCCCCACACUUUAGAAGGACAAUCAGCGGUGGAUAACGGAAACGGGCGCAUCAGCGCGGUGCACGGCUCGACGGUCGUACGCACCCCCCUUUGGCUCCCGUGAGUCACUGAUCUGCCAAUCGUCCUCGCGGGGUCCCAGCCCGAGGCCUCGCGCCGCAUCUCCCUCCCCCGCAUGCUCUUCGGCCAAGCCGUGCACAAGACAGGUGCACCCGCUCUCGGCGAGCCGCGGUCGCCUUUUCGGUCGCAAGCCAACCUGCUGGGCCGCGAUUCUCCCCCAUCGCGAGCCGCCUGUCCCCGAGAUGAGUUGGCAACGAACGCUCCUCCUGAGCGGGUGCACUUCUGCCGUGCAAAAUGACGCGUAUCGCGACCACCAGCCGGACCUGCGCAAGCCCACACAUCGUACGACGACGCAUGGCAGAGCCCUGCAUCGGACGACCCGGCUUACGACGAUCCUCCACAUUCACUCCCGAUCCAGUGUGUCCGGUCAUGGGUGCGUGUCACGCCGCCCAUAUUGACGACCCGCGGCUGCGUCUUGAGGCGGCUCUUUGGUGGGAUUGACGGACCGCCGACUCUUGGCUCUCAUCGCGCUCAAAUUUUUGUCUGGACCCGACGAGGAGGCGGAUCGCACAUCGGGAAAGAGCCCUACCGAACGCCAAACGGAUCCUGGUUUGUCUCCUGACCCGUCGCGCAAUGCAAACACCAUUACUAGACCCUCCACCGACGAAAUUGCACCGCUACCAAGUGGCCGCAUCGCACCUGUAUGUCGGCUUGUUCGGCGCUAUGAAGGAGCCCCAGCCCCACCUCGCUUCGGCCAGCCCCUCUGCCCUUCGGCGCAUGACUGCCGAAGCUGAUCCACGACUGCUUGUCCAUGGCACUGUCCUGUAACUGGAGGCUCAUCUUCCGCUCUACCAGACGCCGCACUGGAGCCGCUUCCGAACGGAACUAGCGGAACGACCGAUCGUUACAGCAUUUGGAACGUUGUCUUCUGCCGCCUUCCCGCCGGUAAGUCUAUCUCCGAAAUCGACCCUAGGUUCGUGGCAGCCCGCCCGCUCCUUGCUCGCAAGUCGUGUUGAGUGGCAUGCGAUUCGCUACAGACAGAAUUUGACGAUGAACCCUUUGUCUCGUACACCGUACCUUAAUUGAAUC